AUGAUGGUUUUCACACAACUCCUUAAUUAUGAUUUGUACACCUUUCAGUAAAAAGUGACUGGGAACAAAGAAAAUAAUGUUCAUAAAGACUUUUUUUAAAUGAGAGACAUGCGUGUUGUUGUAAAUAUUAACUGCGCUGUUUUUCGAUCAAUGACUCUUUUUUGAUGUCAUUUGUCUCUGUCAGAACUGGUCGUAACACUCAGUAAAGAAUAGCUUAAGUGUCUUCCUUAGGUGAUCAUGAUUAGUUUGGGACUUAAAAGGUUUGGUGCCGCCAAAGGCCGAAUUGAUGAACUGUUUGUGCUUGAUGCAAUGAUGCUCCUCAUGUUACACAAACAGUUUCGCGUGCCAUGUAUAGGUCUUGUAUUUCAGUGUAUUCUUAUACUCAUGUAUUAAUCAUGAGAAUGUGUUUCUUCGGCGGAACUGAGCCCCUUUGAUGGUAAUCUUGCCGCAAUCCAGUGGCUUAAGCUGAAAAUAUUACUCAGAAUUAGAUUAUCGUCCACUGAAUUGAAUGUGGCUGCAGACUGAAGUUUAAUUAUUCGAUACAGGCAUCAUGAUUUCCACUCAAGACAUCGUUUUUGCUGUGUUGUACUCCCUGAUUGUUCUCCUUGGUGUUGUUGGAAACGGCCUUGUGAUCAUUAUUGUGCGUAAAACGCCAUCAAUGCACACCACAACAAACUACCUGCUAAUGAACCUGGCUGGGGCAGAUUUGCUAACGUUGUUGUUUUGCCCUGGGCUGUACGACUAUGCCUUGUCCAGAGUUCACCUGGAAGGAUUUUGGGGCGAUUUGAUCUGCAAACUGUUUGCAGGGAAUGCCAUAGUUCCAAUCACCAUCAAUGUAGCUGUUUUAACAGUGUGCACAAUAGCGGUAGAAAGAUAUCUGGCGCUUCUGAAACCUUUUCGUUCCAACUUGAGGAUAACUGAAGGCAAAGUGAAACACGUCAUAGCGGUACUUUGGAUCCUUGCCUUGUUAUCGUGCAUCCCAGAUAUCCAAGCCAAUACGUACGACAUUACAUCUUCCAAAUAUCCAUGUAAACGUCCUUGGAGUUUAGAUGAAUAUUUCCUUCACAAACCUUUCAUCAUUUUUACCUGUGUUUCUUUUGGCAUUGCGAGUUCUGCAAUUCUCUUGUUUUGCUAUUUUGAAAUCAUCCGCGGCUUGUACUUCACAAAAACAAUUUGCGCGGAAUCAACAGUAACAGAAAAAGACAGACAAGCAAAGAAGCAACUUGCUCGCCUAGUCGUCUGGCUAGCAAUUAUUUUCGCGGUUUGCUCGCUUCCAUUCGCUGUCUACUUCACGUUUCUUAUCUCCACAGAUUCUGAAUUUGUCCAAGACAACUAUGACGCACUGUAUUUACUUCAUAGAAUCUCUCGAUUCUUUCUUUUCUCAAACUCCUUUUGCAAUCCGUUGCUUUACGCCUUGCAAAGUUCCAAUUUUCAGGAAGGUUUUAAGAGAAUUUGUGAAGGUCGCCAGCUUGGUAGAUCUGUCAGGGAAACCUCUGGGAAUGCUUGCGGUGUUGAAUUGGAAAGGAAAAGUUAUGUAUAAGUAAUAAAAAGCAGAGUGUAAAUCAAUGCAUUGUCCAUGUUAAUGUUUGUACACAUUUAUUGCUUUUUAUGUUUGAGAUAACAGGAAAAUUACGUUUAAACAUUUUUUCUGAACUUCUUCUUAGUUUAGUCCGGAGCAAAAAAUACGAAAUGGUGCUAAAUUAAAACCGGUGCUAAGUUAAAUAAAUGUGUUCAUUGAAUACCUGCAAAAUUGACAUGAGAUACAAUAGAACAACAAUUAAAAAUUAAUGAAGGAUUUUUUUUUAUGACUGUAAUUAAUGGCUUGCAUAGUAGAGCAUCCUGCUGAAGUGAGGAUCUGAAAAGGUUACAUUAAUCGCUGAACUAAAGUUUUCUUACUGGACGUGUACAGGGAAGAAUAUUUGUCGGUUAACAUUCUGAACAGUAGUUAUUUACCAGCUCAUGAUGAGAAUGGCCCGCCAUUUAAACUGAACCGGCACCAGAAUAACCCCAGGAACCUACAUUCAGAACCUUUUUUUUUUCUUUUCAAAAAAACACACGAUGUAUUAGAAACUUGACAAACCAAACCCUAAAAAAGCCGCCUCUAUUCCCCUAUAGAUCUUUUGGGUGUUCAUCGUCAAAAAUCAGUUCGAUGUUCAUUUUGCAUGAUUUAGUAAGGAUAGAAGCAUCACUUUUAAAUCUGAGGAUUACGCUGAAUUAAAAAUGAAAGGGAUUGAGAAAUUGACUUCUCUCUCUGAACGGAACUUAUAAGGCCUAAUGACACAAGAUGGAUAAAGAAAACUUCAAUAAGAAAACUAACAACGCAAAGGGGCCGCUUAGUUUACAGACCUCUUACGGAGACAGCAGCUGACAGUCGAAAUCUCUCCUCCAUUCUCGUACCCGGAGCCGUCGCUCCUUUUGGGCCUGUCCUCUGGUCCUCUUGGGCCGAGGAUGUCUUUCGUCCCCUCUUUGACGAACGAUAAGAACGUCUUCCUAGUUAGUCAUUAGUUUGCUGGAUUAAUUAGGAUUGUAUAUCUCAGAAUCGAAUGCGAAAAUUGUUUGGAACAAAGGACAUUCGGUUAGUGGUGGGUCUAUAGUACCAGUGAGUAAAUAAUAUCCAAGAUCGCAGCUUUUAAUUCGGUGGGGAAAAAAAUGUUUGCCGAGUUAAAUAAAGCUAAACUUUAAUGAUGUGAAAAGGCAGGUGUGACGAAGAUAUUUACUUUAGCGGAAAUUUAAUAGGUGGAAUGCACGAUUUUUCAAGCAAUUUAAGGCUGGUUUUCAAGAACGCAUGAACAUAA